AUGGUUGAUGCAAUUGCGACGGAGUGCAACGCUGAGAUUAAAUUGCGAGGCCGUUUGAAUGACCAAAUUGCUGAUGCUACACUGAGACUGCAAAGACGAGAUAAAAUCCAGAUGCCUUGGGACAAUUUGCCGCACAAGAGAAUUUGGCAUUCAUUUAGCCUUGAAGGUCAGUUCAAGUUGCCCUUGCUGGGGAGAUUUGACAAACUCUCCUCCCAGCCUGUUGACUCAAUCAUUGAGGCAAAGCAGACGCAGUGGAUUUCUGACCAACCUUUUGCAGGGAAGCGGCUCAUGGCAUCGAGAUUUGCUCAAUCUGAUGAUGCUCUUCUUUCAGGAGCUCUAUCCAAACUCAGGAACAUCAUCCUCUUCAACCCAGCGGACUCACAGUUGGGGAGGGCCUUAGUCAGCAAAGCCGGGUCCCUAAUUGCUGAGGACGUUCUGCAAAAAUCGUUGAGAGACAGCGUAGCUGGCAAAGCGGUGAGCACCAUUGUGAAAAGGGUGUCAGAUUACAACAAGUUUGCACACUUCCUGGUCACCACUUGCCACAGGAGACCGUUGUGCCCAGAUGAGAGUUCUUUUUACCAAUAUGUAUGCCACAUGCAACAGUCUGGUUUUGGAGCCACAGCGGGUGCUACUCUGUUGAAAGCCUGGUCAUUUUUCAGAUACACUUUUGGGGUAGACGCUGAGGACCAAACGUCUUUGAUCCCUGGCAGGGUUCGAGGCGUUGUGAACAGCAUGUUUGCCACCAAGAGGAAAUUGACCCAGGCGCCACCUAUCCCUACAGACUAUGUGUACAAGAUGGAACUGUACAUGAGAACGGGCAAGAGCAGUCAGGUACAAACUGUUGUUGGCUUCAUGCUUUUCUGUAUAUACAGUUGUGCAAGAUUUGGAGACGCAUCGAGGGCUGACCCAGCAUGCUUGCAGUUUCAGCAUUCGACUUCAUCUGAUUUGACCCUGGUGGAGGCGAACCUCAGCGAGUACAAGACAGCCACUGGUGAAAGAAGGGCAAUAUUGCUGCCCUUAAUCGCAUUGGGGUGUGGACUGGAUGCAUUCAGUUGGAGCGCAGAGUGGCGUUUAGCACGGCAGCGCUCUGGAGCCGACGGCAUGGCAUUUUUGAUGUGUGCUGACGACCACAAUGGUGAGAAGUGGUUGCCCAGGCGUAUGGCCACGGCUGAGGGAUCGUUCUGGCUGAAGGACAUCUUGACAAUUGCGGAGAAGUCCCAGGUCGAGGAGGAAAUGGAAGCUCGACUGAAUGCUGAUGAGAUGGCCAAAGCUGCCCAGCUUGGAGAGUCUGAUGUGGAGGACACGGGUGCUGUCGAGGCCAACCCUAUAAGCUUGCCUGGCGAGCGUGAGGCCUUGGGCAGGAACCCUUUCCCGCAGGUCGACCUGGCGUGCUGCUUCAAACACAGGUUGUCUGGGAUUGUGCACUUGAUUUCCGACACUGAAAAGCUUAGCUGUGGAAGAAAGAUCACAUGCAACCUGGUCCCCAUGAAGGGCGACGAAGAUGAGCCUGGCCAAAUGGAGUUCUGCGAACAAUGCAGGGCUGUGAUCGGCACUUGA